AUGGUAAGAAAGACUGGACCGCAGUCUGGUCCGGGCAUUGAUGGGGAACGCGAUGGAGACGACCAUCAGCAAUCUGGCUCUGUGGACGUGCUGCGCUCACCAAGGACGCCAAACCUGUCUCAAGCGGUCAUAGAGGGCGCUGAUAGUGGUGGAAGUAGUGCGACACAAAGUCGGCCGCAAACUCCUGUCAUGCCGUCCGGAACACCGCCACCGAAGAUCAGUAGCCCAACACCAAGGCGCGUCUUAACGAUCACUCCGGCCAAGAAGCCUCCACAGAGUGCAGUAAACGUACCAGUUGGUACAUUCUCUGAGGCAGCAAAGGACAGCGAGCGAAGGGAUGCAACGGCAACACCUAAUAUUCCCGAUCGUGAUCAGGCUCAAGCGGGGAAGGACAAAAGGGAACGAAAUGGAACUGCAUUGUCUGUGGGCAUCAUUUCGGCGCAAGCUAAUGAGAAGGACGGAAAAGUAAGAGACGCGCGGAGGAAGGCUUCGAAGAUAGAUUCGAAGGUGUCAUCGGCAAGCGAAAAAAUGAGCGAGAAAGCCGCCGAAAAGGAAACCGAGAAAGAAGCCUAUACGUCACUCGAGCAGGAAGAAAUUACGACCGAAAAGGGUAGACCAUUGACACCUCUGAGCAGCCCGAAGAUGAGGAAAAAGAGAUCGAAGACCAAGGUCGACGAUGCAGCAGGGACGCAAGUGGUCACGGUCACUGGAGCGGCCAAAGACAAGGACGUGGUGGAUCAUAUUCCCACCCCCCCUCCAGUGGAACCCGAGGUCGAAGCAAUAGUAAGUAGGAAGACCAAAAAGCGGAAAGAGAAGAAGGUUGCGGUACGCCAGGCUCCAAAGCAUGUACCGUUGCAGGCGCGAUUGUCAGAGACACAGUCUCAACCUCUGGAAUCAUCUCCUGCGGCCUCCCAAAGUGCGAACAUUAUUCCAAAUGGCUUGAAAGAGAAGUUGGAAACCCUCGGGCUGGACUUUGACAGAGUGCCCUCUACCCGUGCCGCAAACAAUUUGGGAAAUUUAUCCAGCAAGUUGACCGAAGGUUCCAAUCUAGUCGAAAGUUCAAAGCCGCAAAAGAAGCAGCAGCAGGCCGCUAGUCUGGAUCGAAGGGUGCCGGCUAGCCAACCGCCGCCCCCUCGUCGUGAUAUUAGCGUACCACGGAAGCCAUCACGUUGCCAAACUCAGCGCCACGCCGGUGAGGUGGAUAUAACCUCGUUUUUGACUUCGCAUAAUGCUGCAACAGGAGAGGUUGACUUGCAAAUCGAUUCGGAGGCUCUGGCGAAUGCUCUGAAUCAACUUGGAGCUGGCUAUGGGUACUCUUCAUACACAGUAGACCAUGCGGGAGAGAAUGGUCAUGUCAAUGUCCGCAUUGAUGUACAGGGGAAAACCGAAGCUCCAGCAGGAGGAAAAGAAGGUAAAUCAACCCCUGGCCAUACUUGCACUCCUGAAGCCACUGCUAGCUUCGAUUUGAGCACUUUGGGUAUCAAUAUCGGCCAGCUUGACCAGCUAGCUGCAAACCUUGGAAGCUUUUCCUUUGGGGGCGCCGAACCCGCUCACGCGAAUAACUCGUGUGGCGAUGGGACCGUGAACGUCAAUGUUAACGGCGUGGCGAUGAACAUCGAUGCAAAUGCAUUCAUUGAUCAAGCUUUAGAGGGACUGGCUACGACAGCGGCAUUUCUGUACGAAGGACUUGAAGCGCAGGUCGAAAAAGUGCGUCGCGAGGAGGAAGUGAAAUCUAAAAGCAAGACAAAGGGUAAGGGCGAAGUCGGUGGCCCUAAGAGCAGUAUGCAGCGUGUUUCGGAACAGGUCACCAAGCUCGAGGAGUAUGCUGCGAAGCUACAGAACAAGUUUCGAAACGGCUUGGAUCCUGCUGGUGAAUCCACAGCCUCUUCAACAGAGCACGGAGUCCCAGGGGCGACAGUAUGUGGCAAGAAACUCAAAAAGGCCAAGGGUUUGGGGUCUUCCAGUGGCACAGGAGCCGGCACACGGUAUACUGCGACCUUUACCGUUAGCUCUGGGUCAAGCGCCAGAGACACACCGAUAGAUCAGACAUCCCCAAUUUCGGAGAUGUUUGGGGUUGGACUCAACCCAGCCACUGCCGGUUGGACGACGGAAGACUGGAAAGCGAAAUGCCGCAGCGUGGAGAUCGUGAUGAAGCGAGUUCGCGAAGCCCGUGAAAUGCGUAGACGUCAGAGGGAAGAAGAACCUGGCACUGGCACAGCGGCUGAUGGUUCUAGCCAAGGGCUGAAUAUGUUAGACGCUUUAUCGCAGGCGGCCAUUGGCGCUAUCAAUGGAUUGGACCAUGGCCUGGAAUCGGAUCAUGACGAGUAUCCUUCCAAUGGUGAUAUCGAUUAUGGAAAUAUUGGGGACGAUGAGCAAAGUGUCACGUCGUCUGGGUUCGCAACCCCUUCUGCUACGGAGGCCUCCAGUCCACCCACGGAUGCACAAAAUCUUUUCGAGAACAAUCAUAUUCAACGCCUGCUUGAGACCGUCCGAAUAUUGGUGUCUACAGGGGAGAUGCUUGUUAACGCGCCCAGUACAGCGAUGAUGGCCAAUACGUCCGACUCCACCCAACCCUUGCACGGCCUGAAGAAGAAGAAGAAAAGGAGCAGCUCUCCUCAACCGCCGCAAACAUAUAGUAACUAUGGCCAGGGCCAAGAAUUGGACGCUUCCUCUGGGGUUGGAGUACUGGUUGACGAGCAUGGUCGUCCCAUGGAUGCUACAUUGAUGGAUGUCAACGGUCGUGGUCGUGGUCGUAUCGAGCUGACCAAUGUUGUCGCAUAUAAUAGUCAAGGAGAGUUAGCUCCAAUCGUAUUCGAUCCAGCGCCUCUUCUCGCAGCCGUGGCUAGCGGUGCCGUCGCUCCAGGUGUACCUAUUCCGUGGGAGGUGUUUGGUUUGAGAGGCCCACCUCCGUCAUGGCAGGGUCAGUCAACUGAACACCCACAUUCAGCAGGAGUGCCGAUGGAUGUAGAAAUCUUGGAGCGAGAGUUGGAAGUAUCGCGGCGCGAAGAACAGGAGCUUGAAAAGCGGUUGGUCGAGGUAGUGCGUAGGAAUGGGCAAUGGCAAACUGAGGUAGCGAAAGUUCUUGAACUGGAGGUUAAUGUCUCGGAUGCCUAUCAGGUGGAAGUCUUACAUGAGCAAUACGAGGAUGCAGUAGAAUUUGAUGCGGACGAAGAGUUUGCUGAAGGGGCCGAGCAAAUCGCUUGUUCUCAUGGCGUGCCAAUGAUCGGAACACGGUGA